CCGCCUCUGCAGCUCAGUGGGAAGGAGGUGGGAGGAAAGAAGGAAGAAAGGGAGGGAGGGAGGGAGGAGGCAGGCCAGAGGGAGGGACCGCCUCGCAGGCAGAAGGGCCGCGAGGAGCCAGCGGAGCACCGCGGGCUGGGGCUUGGCCACCCGCCGCUCGUCGCGCCCCCUAGCCCCUUCGCCUUCGCGCCCCUGGCAGCCUCCAGCGUCCUUCCCCAGGCAGCAUGGUGAGGUCUGCUCUCGGGCCCUCGCCACCAUGUACGUGAGCUACCUCCUGGACAAGGACGUGAGCAUGUACCCCAGCUCCGUGCGCCACUCAGGCGGCCUCAACCUGGCGCCACAGAACUUCGUCAGCCCCCCGCAGUACCCGGACUACGGCGGUUACCACGUGGCGGCGGCGGCGGCGGCGGCCGCGAACUUGGACAGCGCGCAGUCCCCGGGGCCGUCCUGGCCCGCCGCGUACGGCGCCCCGCUUCGAGAGGACUGGAAUGGCUACGCGCCGGGGGGCGCAGCGGCCGCCGCCAACGCCGUCGCGCACGGCCUCAAUGGGGGCUCCCCGGCCGCAGCUAUGGGCUACAGCAGCCCCGCGGACUACCACCCGCACCACCACCCGCACCACCACCCGCACCACCCGGCCGCGGCGCCUUCCUGCGCCUCGGGGCUGCUGCAGACGCUCAAUCCCGGCCCUCCGGGGCCCGCCGCCACCGCCGCCGCGGAGCAGCUGUCCCCGGGCGGCCAGCGGCGGAACCUGUGCGAGUGGAUGCGGAAGCCGGCGCAGCCGUCCCUCGGCAGCCAAGUGAAAACCAGGACGAAAGACAAAUACCGAGUGGUGUACACGGACCACCAGCGGCUGGAGCUGGAGAAGGAGUUUCACUACAGCCGCUACAUCACCAUCCGGAGGAAGGCCGAGCUGGCUGCCACGCUGGGGCUCUCAGAGAGGCAGGUUAAAAUCUGGUUUCAGAACCGCAGAGCGAAGGAAAGGAAAAUCAACAAGAAGAAGUUGCAGCAGCAGCAACAGCAGCCGCCGCCUGCGCAGCCGCAGCCGCCUCCCCAACCUCAGCCAGGUCCUCUGAGGAGUGUCCCCGAGCCCUUGAGCCCCGUGUCUUCCCUGCAAGGCUCAGUGCCAGGUUCCGUCCCUGGGGUUCUGGGGCCGACUGGGGGGGUGUUAAACCCCACUGUCACCUAGUGACCCGCAGUGGUCUGCAGCGGCAGAGCAAUUCCAGGCUGAGCCAUGAGGAGCAUGGACUCUGCUAGAAUCCUCAGAAGAGACCCUUCCACUCCCACCCACAAGCGCAUACCUACGAACCUAGCUCUCAGAGGAAAAACCUCGGGCCAGGAGUAAACGACAAGUGGCAUUGGGGGGCCUCAGGGAAGAUAUUCUCCCAGAUUUUCCACUUUUUCUGGUCUGGCUUUUUCUGCCACUGAGGAGACAGGAAAUGACCACUGGGCUUCAUUCAGCACUGGCAGAAGCAUUGCCUGGACCGACUACCCUGACCAGGCUCGCAGCUUCCUCCUCCGAAGCUGUCUGCCUCCAAGACCUGCAGGCUGCAUCGCUGGUUGGAGCUAAGGGGAGAGAGGGACUCAGGAACAGCACACUGGAGCCAAGGCGGCUGCCGUCUGCCCACUGCCAUCCUCGGCCCAGCUGGCCCUCCUGCCUCGGGGCAGGCAAGAUUUAAACUGCAGAAGCCAGAGGCAGCUAAGAUGGAAAGCUGGACUGACCAAAGACUGCAGAACCCCCAGGUGGCCUGUGUCUUUUUUCUCCUCCCUUUCCAGACCAGGAGAGGCUGGGCUGGCGUAUGUGCAGUGUGUGGUGUGAGGGGGUGGUUAUUGGACUCCAGGCCUCACAAGGGGCCCGGACAGGGCUUGUUUAGAAAGCCUGUCACCAGAGCUUCUCUGGGCUGAAUGUAUGUCAGUGCUAUAAAUGCCAGAGCCAACCUGGACUUCCUGUCAUUUUCACAAUCUUGGGGCUGAUGAAGAAGGGGGUUUUGUUGUUGUUGCUGCUGUUCGGGUCGUUGGUCUGUGUAACAUCCAAGCCAGCAUUUUAAAAGCCUUCUGGAUCUAUGGGGGAGAGAAGUGAUAUGGUGAAGGGAAGUGGGGGGGUAUUUGAACACUGUUGAAUUUUUUUUCUAAAAAGAAAAAAGAUAAAUGAGUAUUACAGAUUUCA